GCAGCAUGUGUACACAGUGUGAGCGGCUCUUCCUCACUUCACUUCAGACGGAGAGGGAGUAGAGACAAUCCGACUUCACUUGAUUGUUAUUAGUCUAAGAGAUAAAACUCAUUUAUUGCCGAUGCGCUGAUCAAACAUUUUGAUCAAAACAAAUAUUUUAAAUAAAACCCCAUGUGACGAAUUGCUGAAGUUUGGCAAGCGGAAGUUGAUGCCGUUUGAAAAAAAGUCAGAGACUGGGAAGGAUUGGCUUGUUUGUCUUUAGAGAAGAAGGACAAAGAUGGACACUCAUGUCAAAGAGGGACAACUUUAUGUCCAGCACCAGAAGUUUGGAAAGAAAUGGAAGAAGAACUGGUUUGUGUUGUAUCCGGCGAGUCAGAACGGCAUCGCGCGACUCGAGUUCUACGACUGUGCAAGUUCUGGCCCCGAAAAACCCAGCACGAAAAGACUAGACAAAAAGAUCAUCCGCCUGUCGGAGUGCAUCAGCAUCCUUCCCGCCCUCACCGAAAGCUGUCCUAAAGAGAACAUGUCCGCCUUCUAUGUGGAGACCAACGACAAGACGCAUGUGUUUGCAGCUGAAAAGCAAGUCACCAAUGAGUGGGUAGAGAAGAUGUGUGAGAUCGCCUUUCAGGGAGGGGGUGGAUCUCUCAGUAGCAUGGACUCAAACGGACAGCAGGAUCUUAAGAUGUCUGAGAACUUAAUCUAUUACUCCAGAGAGGAAGUCAAUGAAUUCUGGGUGAGUGUCCAAAGAACUGAUGCGUCCGACCGUUGUGGUCUGCUUGGGAAUUACUGGCUUAAAGCAGACGGAGAGAGCCUGAUCUUGAAGGAUCCUAAGACGAAGAAGAACUUGUUGGUGUGGCCCCACAAGCUUCUGCGUCGCUAUGGCAGAGAUAGAGCUAUGUUCUCAUUUGAGGCUGGGCGCCGUUGUGAAUCUGGCCCAGGCAACUUCACCUUUGACACAAAGCAAGGGAAUGAGAUCUUCCAGAUUGUGGAGAGUGCCAUUCGGGAGCAGAAAGCUCAGGCUGAGGAACAACAAAGCACAUCAUUUGAUGGGGACUGUCCUGCCCUCCAACAGAUCCGGGCUGCCAUUGCUGAGGGAAUCGGCCGAGACACAGAUGGAGACUCUGGUGGCAGUAAACCUGGAUCUGCUGAUGGAGUCAUUGGCCGAAGGGAAGGAGAAAGUAAAAAUCUUAAGGGUCGCUCCUUACCGGAGCCUCCAGUUCCUGUUCCAAGCACAACGCCUCGCGGGCCAAAAAGUGCAUUGGAAGAUCAAGUGAAUCUGUACUCUGAGCCUGCUGACUCAGUCCGUCUGCCCAAUAUUUUGGGGGAUUGUCUUUAUUCUGAUCCUGUAGACAGCAUUAAACCAUUAAACUCAAGGCAUCGUGAUGAAGGUGGAAGCAACAAGCCGGAACCUUUUUAUGCAGAUCUCUAUGACCGAGUGACUCUUGACCUGACCCCAAGAGUAGGAGCACUGGGAUUUGAUCACCGCAACAGGCGUCCUGCUGAAGUAACCCGGCCAGAGCACAUCUAUGAUGAGCCUGAAGGAAGAGCAGGUCCUCCAGGAAUCCAGCCAAUCACCAGUCUGUACGAUGAGGCACGGAUGGAAAAUCAGUCCUGGAAAUCCAGGGGAGCUGAAGAACCUCAGGCUCCUGAAGCAACUUACAAUCCAAAUACAGAUGACUAUGGUAUGCCUCCUUUUGGUAAGACACCUCCACCACCAGCUGUGGCCAAACCUAAAGGUCCCAAGCCCCUCACAGCACCCAAACCAGGGAAGGGAGCAAAGAAGAAAGAUCCACCUCCACUGCCCCAAGGUAAAAUUGGAGGUAACCUGAACAACAACAAUAGCAGCAGUAUCUCUUACCCUGCUGGUGAAGGGUUUGGAAAAGUAGAGAAGCAUGCUGAGAUUUAUAGUAAAGUGUCUAAGCAUAAGCCCCCAUACACAGCAUGGCACGCUUCCAUGCGACCUCCAGACAUCAUCUAUGACAACUUGGGUGAUAUCUGAUUUGAUUCUACAUGCCUUUUCCAGCAGCCAGAAUGCACUCUUUAGUGUUGUCUUUAGAAACCUAUUUCUAGAGUUUCUAAAUGAUCACACACUUUCUGGGGUCUUCUUCUGGGGCCACUGUAAUAUCUGGGAUUACUACAGUAACUGGAAAUCCAGAAAGUGUGCAGGUUAGUGUCAUAGACAACCGUCGUAGAAAAUCCACUGUGAACAAUUAUCAGUGACACAACGUUCUUUUGUUUAGGAAGGCAACGAAACUACAAAUUUUGCAGCAUUUAAAUGUGCUAUCUAGAACACGUUUCUUGUGUAUGUGGGUUACUCACAUGGUCUUAUACUAUGUCAAUUUUGCACAUAUUUGACCAGUUCCUCCUUCUUAGUGAAUCAUACUGAGUCUGUGACUUAUAUAUUAGAGGCUUGCAAAGCCCUUAAAUAACAGAAAUCAAAAUGGCCAGACAAGGGAAUCUGCUGUUGUCUUACAAUGCCAAUGCACCCUGGAUGGUCAAAGAUGAUAGACUAUAUGGACAAUCAAUGCACAUGUCUACAUUUUCUUUCUAUUGAGAUUUUAAAUGUAGCAAUUUACUAAUCAUCUGAUGUGUGUGUGUGUGUGUGUGUGUGGGAGUAAGUCAAAAACAGCUGUGCUGUUGAUAUGUGAUAAUAAAAGAUUUUUCAGAA